AUGCGUCCCUCAAUCUUCGGCGUCUUUUCGCUGCUCUCCCUUCUCCCCUCCUCUCUCGCAACUCAACUCAUCUUCACAAUCCCAACGACUUCUCAACUAAACCCAUCAACUCUCCCCCCCUCCACCCACGCAAUCCUCAGUACCCUUUCUCACACGCACACCGCGCCUCUCACUCCAUCCAAUUCCUUCUCUUUCCGCAACCUUACCAGCGGCUCCUACCUCCUCACCGUUUCCUCUCCCACCCACGCUUUCAUUCCUCUCCGCGUCGAUAUUCAUCCUGCAUCCUCCGAGUCGAAUCUCAUUCCCAUCGAAGCAUUUACCACUUUCCGCGCCAACGAAUGGAGCAACAAGGGAGAGAUCAUCCCGGUUUCUAAACUCGGAGAUGAUAAAUACACAGCGGAAGUUAAGCCACUUGUCGAGAAAAACUAUUAUCUUGAGCGAGUGGGGUUCUCGCCAUUGAGUUUAUUGAAGAAUCCUAUGAUCUUGAUUGCUGGAUUCAGCAUGCUUAUUGUGUUUGGAAUGCCUUAUCUUAUGGAUAAUAUGGACCCAGAACUCAAAGCAGAAUUUGAGGAGCGCCAGAAGAGUGGUGGUGGAAUUACAGGCGGUGCCAAUGGCGCCAAUCCAUUGCAAAAUUUCGAUGCGGCAGCUUGGUUGGCUGGGUCUGGUGGAAAGAAGGAGGGAGGCGCUGCAAGUGGUGGAAGAGAGAUUAUCAGAUGA